UCUUUCCUGGCUAUCAUGGAUAUGUCCAGCGUCCUUCUUUUUUUCUUAUGGAUAUUGGAAGCUGAAGCAUCUCGUCUCAAGAGUGUGCUCCCCAUCCAGCCGGAGCAGGAGCCAGUGCCAUCCAAAGCACAGACAGGUUGUACAUUUGGUAGCAAGUAUUAUGCCCUGGAUGAUUCAUGGUAUCCAGACCUGGGAGAACCAUUUGGAGUUAUGCAUUGCGUACUGUGCUUCUGCGAACCGCAGAGAGGUCGCCGGGGAAAAGUAUCUGGGAAAGUCACCUGCAAGAACAUCAAGCAUGACUGCCCCACACCACCCUGUUCUAAUCCCGUCCUGCAUCCUGGUCACUGCUGUAAAACAUGCCCCAAAGCUCCACCUUCCCCCGCAAAGAGAGAAUUUGCAUUUGAUGGCUAUGAAUAUUUUAAAGAAAACGAUGAUGAUCUUUACAAUGAUCGCUCCUAUCUGAGCGCCGAUGACGUCUCGGCAGAAAACGGUCGUACAGAGUAUGUGGCCCUUCUCACAGCCCCUAAUGGUGUGUGGCCCCCAGUUACCACUGGUGUUGCCAAAGCUAGGUUCCACCUCCAGCGAUCUAACCUGCUGUUUUCCAUCAAUUACAAAUGGAUUGAAAGAUUGUCCCGUGUUCGCUUUACCGAUGCUGAAGGUUCUGUCCUGUUUGAACACCCAAUACACAGAAAGGGAUACCCACAGAGUGACACAAUCUGUGGGAUAUGGCGUUCUCUUCCCCGAUCAUCUCUACGUCUGCUUCGUACGGGACAUAUUGUAGUUUCAUUAAUGACAUCAACUUUUUCUGAACCAGAAAUCUUUGGCAAAAUCAUCCGUUUCAAAUCACCAUUCUCAGAAUCUUUCAGUACCCUUCUAACACCAGAUGCUCCCGAUGGAACUCUGGGUGGAGGACUUGCUAUGCUGACACUAAGUGACGUGGAUGACAAUCUACAUUUUAUCCUUAUGCUUAAAGGACUAAGAGGAGAAAACCAAGAAACUAUUCCAAUACUGAUGCAAAUCCAACACCAGAAUCACGUGAUUCGUGAGAUUCAAGCAAACGUCACUGGGGAGGACCUAGACUUUGCUGAAGUAUUGCCACAUCUGUCUAACCAAGAGAUGAUCUGGUUGGCCCAUGGGCAGUUGGAGAUUGCUGUACUGCCAGAGGGAAGGUCAGGAGAACGAUUAUCCGGCAAAAUCACAGUCCGGAAAUCAUGUAACACACUGCAGAGUGUAUUAUCUGGAGGUGAUGCUUUAACACCAACAAAAACUGGAGCAGUCGGUUCAGCAACUGUUACUUUGCAUGAAAACGGAACCUUGGAAUAUCAGAUUCAAGUUGCGGGAACCACAAGUGCAGUGACAUCAGUGACUUUGGAGACCAAACCUCGCCGGAAAACCAGGCGUAAUAUUCUACACGAUCUGACCAAGGAAUAUCAUAACGGAAAGGUUUGGGGACUCUGGAUGGAUGGUGAUGCUCGUGACCUGCACAUGCUGCUGCAAAGUGAACUGUUCUUUAAUGUUGCAACUGAAGAGUAUAAAGAAGGGGAGCUAAGAGGGCAAAUCACUUCAUUGCUGUACGGUGGCACAUGGGCCCGAUAUGAAGAGCUGCCGGUUCCCCUGGCUGGCCAGUUUGUGUCACCGCCUCUCCAGACUGGGUCAGCAGGUCAUGCAUGGGUAUCACUGGACGAACAUUGCCACCUGCACUACCAGAUUGUGGUUACAGGUCUCGGCCGUGCAGAGGAUGCUACACUGAAUGCACAUCUGCAUGGGUUUGCUGAGCUUGGCGAAGUCAGCGAGAGUUCCCAGGAGCACAAGAGGCUGCUGAAGGGCUUCUACGGGUCAGAGGCACAGGGCAGUGUCAAGGAUCUUGAAGCAGAACUGUUUGGUCACCUGAACCAGGGAACCGCGUUUCUCCAAGUUAGCACCAAGUUGAACCCACAUGGCGAAAUUCGAGGCAGCGUCCAUAUCCCAAACACUUGUGAGACUGGAGGUGUGCCGCUGUCUCCAGAUGAGACUGAGUUUGAUUAUGAAGUUUAUGAGGAAACUCGGCAGCGAGACCCUGAAGACCUGCGCAAGGAUCCUAGAGCCUGCUAUUUCGAAGGGCAACUUAGAGCUCAUGGCUCUCGAUGGGCUCCUGAUUAUGACAGGAAGUGCUCUGUGUGCAGCUGUCAAAAACGUACAGUGAUUUGUGAUCCUAUUGUGUGCCAACCUCUGAAUUGCACCCAAACCGUACAGUUGCCUGACCAGUGCUGCCCAGUAUGUGAGGAAAAGAAAGAGACGAAAGAGGAUAAGAGACUCGAGAGACCCCGAUUAGCAAAUGGAGGCUGUUAUUUUGAUGGUGAUCAAUCAUGGAAGGCAGCUGGCACAAGAUGGCAUCCUGUAGUUCCUCCUUUUGGACAAAUUAAAUGUGCAAUUUGUACCUGCAAGGGUUCCACCGCCGAGGUGCACUGCGAGAAGGUAAUGUGCCCACCACUCACCUGUAGCAACCCUGUUCGUGCCAGCCCAACUGACUGCUGCAAACAAUGUCCAGUGGAAGAUCAGAGCCCAGUUGAGAUGACAGACAGUAUGCAAGCAGACAGUCCUCGAUCAUGCAAAUUCGGACGCCAUUGGUACCCAAACAACAAAAGAUGGCAUCCAGCCGUGCCCCCCUUUGGAGAAAUGAAGUGUAUUACCUGCACUUGUUUGAACGGUAUCACACAUUGUCGGAGACAGGAAUGCACAGCUGCUUCAUGUAGUAGCCCGGAAAUGCGAGACUCAAAGUGCUGCCCAAAGUGCAGAGAUGCCAGUCAAGAAGAAGAUGAUAAAGUGAGAUCAGAAGAGCCAAGGAUUGGAUGGAGCUACUAACCAUAGGAGCAAGAGACACAUGGGAACUGAAUAAGGAGAUCCAAAUAAUGCCCACACUGAUAAAGCUGAAGGACACAUGGAUGCUAUGUAAACUGUGUUUUAUCCCACUCUGACGUCAUGACUGUGUAAAUGUCUCUCAUAUUAUGGUGUUGGACAUAAUGGGGACAUGGCAUUCCUUGGAAGCAAACGGAUAUUGCACCAUGGAUUCAAUCUCUACAAACUCUCAUCCUGUCUCUCGUCAGAGCAACUUCCAAACUUUCCAAAUUACAAAUGCUUGAAAUCUGCUUUGCAGACAUAAUCGAGAGGAUUGGUGAAUCCCCAUGCUGUUUUGUAAUAUGCUCUGCAGAUUUACAGACUGCAAAUGUGCAAUGCUUUGUAUGCGUGAAUGUACUGAAGUGCUCUGCAGGUUGGGAUGGGGAGAAUUUAAGUGAUGAAGAAUACAUUAUGACUGUGGAGAAAGCCUGGAUUACAUGUGUGUGCCUAUACACAUUCCUAUAUAUAGUAAGAGUGGGCAUAUAUAGUGAGCGUAUGGUCACACACAUGUCUAUCCAGUAUCACUCCACAAUGUGGGGAAACUUGUAAUAUUUAUGUUUUUUUCAGUGGGUGCAACCGCUGUAUUAAUUAUUAAGGAUGGUCGUAUUUAUUGAAUGGAAUUAAACUGCAGACAAAUAUGCAAAA